UGUAUACGUUUAUGCUUUUUAUUAGUAUGGGCUAAGUUGCAAGUUAAGUAAUGUUUAAAACGUGAAAGUAACUACUUGAUCGCCUAUCGAACUAUUACAUUGCACGCUAUCACUGACAAUUAAAUGAAAGCGAAAGGAAAACCGAAGAAAAAAAAACCCCAAUAAAUUUAGAAGGAGCAUUAAUUUACAUUAUAUUAACCAUUGACCAUGUCGUUCCUUUUUAAUUUUGAAGCCCCUCAUUCCGAAGGUGAGUGCUAUUACUAUUGCUGAAGUAAAAUGUACGAUCAAUUGUUGAGACUUUAGACUACCAUUUUAUCUUAUUUGUGCAGCUAUUCAGACUUCAUGCGUCAUUCGUAUGAUUAUGAUUCUUAAUUUUUUUUUAAUGAAAAAAAAAGGCCGGCGGCCCGUCACUAGCUUCAGACCAGAGUGAUUGAAGGAUAUUUCGAGUGAGUCAACUCAAACUACUCAAAGUCAAAGUGAGCGAGUCCGUGGAGCUUGUAGUCAGUGGAACUUGUAGUCAGUGUAGUGUAGACGUAGACUGUAGACUGUAGUGUAUUGACUAUUACUAAUUGUAGGAUAAUGCAGUGGCGUAGCUACGGGGGGGGGGGGGGGGGGGGGGGGGGGGGGGGGGGGGUAGGGACCGCACCCGUUGACACCAUCUCAGGGGGUGACACCUAAUUGAAAAUUGCAGAAUUUACAGAGCACACAUUGCUUAGUCUAAAUGAAUUUCAUAAAAGGAUAACCGAUCACAGAUAAAUUUUUCAAAAUGUAACCAAUUCAAAAUUCAAAUGCAUACUGAACUGAAAUUCAAUUAAUUUGUUUUUGUUCUUGUCAUUGUUAUACCAUGGACUUAACUUAUUUUAACAAGAAGAAAUCCGGGGGGGGGGAGGUGACACCUGAUUUUACCGCACCAGGUGACACCAGUCCUAGUUACGCCACUGGGCUAGUGUACCAGCCCAAGUAAUGUAAGUGAAUAAUGUAUAGUACAGUUUAUGUAGUAAGGCUUAAGCAAUAUAAAGUAUAAAUGUUGUGAUCAUUCAAAUGAUUCAUUGUAUGAUUGUAUAGUAUAGUUUAUGUAUAGUCUAUGUGUCCUAUAACUGCAGUGGCAAGUAUUUCUAUGAGUGCGGCUCGUUGACAAUUCUAGCCACACCUGAAAAAUACAAUAGAUUAGCUUGCCUCUUCUUAUUGGUUGUAGCAUUACCUUCACCUUGCAUAGUCAAUUAUGAAAAUUAGUACCACUAUGGCUGUCCACACAGGUGAAUGCAAACUCGGAGGAUAACAAAAUAUUCCCCACAAAAUAAAUAUAUCCCUAGAACUAUUAAACUUAACUCAGUUUGAUCCCUUUUCAAUGAGAAUUAUGCUGAGGUUACUUAGGGAGAUUUGAUCUCUGUCCAUCGCAAAGUAUGCUUAGAGUGCUCCUCACUCUCCCAAACAAUAGUGUGAAUAAUAUAGGAUAAUAUAUGAGGGUCUGCAUCCAAGCCAUGUAAAGUAAAUAAAUGGAACAAGAUAUGUUUAGGCUUGAGAAUAAAAGACAAGACAGUUUUUGUUUCAAGCCUUUACAAUUCUUGUUCCUCUAUUUAUUAUGAAUAAUAAAAGCCUACUAGUGCAACCACUUCUACUAAAUGACUGAUUUGACUUGUUAGUUGUCAGACGCAAAUAACCAUAUGUUUGACAUGAGGCCAUCAUUUGUACUUUCUAAAUGUAUAUAAUCUAGAUUUCUAAAUUAAUUUCAGAGCAGGAUGGAAAAUCAGCAGGUUGUAAUGGAUCUGGAUCUAAUUCAGCAGUGAAUCUUGAAACAUGUCCAAAAAUAAGUGCACAACCUGCAUUUGAAGUAACAGAAUUCUUAAAUGAUGACAUUACCUGUAAUGUGAAUGUAAGUUUUGGGGUUGUUGAAGCCAAAGAACAAAGACCUGAUAGGCUAUCCAGACGCUAUAGUCCGCUUGUUCACUAUAACAAAAGGCCUACUAGUUUUUAUUAAAAUGCUCUACAGCUUAUGAAUCUAUACUCUUACUAAUUAGCCUUCACAUUUCAUUAGAGUUACCGUCAUACCACACCCAGUGUUCUCUCCAUGCAUGUUACUUUUUUAUAGUGUGCACUGGAAGUUCUGUGACUCUGAUUUCUUGCUUCACUCCAUAAAAAUAAGAAAACACAUUCAUUUUGUCCUGAAUUUCUUUGGUUAAGGUUCCUAUUAUCUUAAUUUAUGCACUUUACAAAUUUUUGUGCCAAUAAUAAUUUAGAUAAAGCUGUUCAGUUCUUAUUGUUAGGGUUAAAUAUAUCUCAAUUUCACUUUUGAUUAUAACAGUUUGAAAUGAAGUCAAUGAAUUUCGGAGAACAUAUCCUUACUGUAGUGGACACAAAGUCAGUAGAAAAGAAGUUAUUUGAACAAAGAGAUGUGUUCCUCACAUCCAACAAUCUCAUUGAAGCUAUUGUAUCUCAUUCUGAUCUUAUAACAGGGGCCUAUGAAGGUAAAUAAAUUUCUUUUGAAACUUAUUAAGAACUUUAAUAUUGAUGUUUUGUCAAUUUGUUUAAAAAAUCUAGCAUAGGCUCAACAAAAAUAAUGAAUAGAGAAUAUUUUUUAUGUAUGACCGUUUUUAAAUAUUUACAUCUUCAAUAAUUCAUUUUCCAAAGAUUGAACUUUUUUAAGUGCACACAAACUACUUAAUUUUUCCUAAAAUUAAAGGUAGACCUGAACAAAAAUUACCAAAGUUUAACAUACAUUUUUAUUUAAAUAUUGGGUAUAAUAAAAUUUCUAUUACCAAAGUUGUGAAUAUAGUACUGUUUUUUUAAAAUAAGGUGGUUUGAAGGUUUGGGAGUGUGGAAUAGACCUGGUGAAAUUUCUAUCUUCACAUCCCCAUGGCACUUCCUUAGAAAUUAAAGGCAAAUCUAUACUUGAGGUAGGGUAUGUCAGUUUUUGUUCUAAAAUGAUCAAUAUUCUGUUUUUUCAAAAUUAAGGACUAAAAUAUUCUUGGUUAUUUUACUAAUCUUAUUUUUAAAACAAAAUGUUGCUUAACCAAAUCAAAUAUUUUUUUCCCCGAAAACUUUCUCAGCUUGGUUGUGGUGCUGGUCUACCAGGACUCUACUGUUGUAAGGCGUGUGCCCAAAGAGUUGACUUUCAAGACUAUGUAAUUCAUUACCUUUCUUAUGAAGAAUUAAAAAAAAAAAAGUUAUUAAGUAAAUAAUCAAUGUUUUAAAAAUGGGAUUGAAAGCAGCUUUUUCUUUUGUAUCUGGUCAGUUGUAUAUAGAGCAUUUUGCAUAUAUUUGCUAUUCAUUACCGAUAACUGCACAACUUUUAUUUAAAAAAAAACAAAAAACACCUGACAUUUGUACUUUUUGAUUUAGAAUGAGGAGGUCCUAAAAUUGCUUACUUACACAAAUGUUAAAAACAACAUACCAGAAGCCGAAGAGAAUAAAUUAGAGAACCAUUUUUAUGCUGGUGACUGGGCCAGUUUCAGUGAACUGGCAGUCAAAGAAAAUCUAAGGUGAGUUUCCCUUAAACAUUAUUUAAAUAUCUUAAUUCUUUUUUAAAACAAUAAGAUUUUAAAGACAUAUUAAAGAGUUUUAUGUUUAAAAAAAAAAAAGAAAUUUUUAUAACACCUUACUUUUUCUUCUUUUUUAAAUUUUUUUUUAAUAGCACCCUACUUUUUCUUUACUUUUUUAUUUUAAAUUUAAAUGCAUUUCUUUUUAUUUUUAUUGCACCUAUUAUUGUGUUAGUGCCCAAUACAAAAAUGAUAUGCUUUCUGUUUUGAGGCAUAACAACUUUUUCAUAUCUUGACAACAAAAUCAUUUCCAGGUAUGAUGUCAUACUGACUGCUGAAACCAUCUACAAUCCAGGAAAUUAUGCAAAGCUCCAUGAUGUGUUUAAAACAACACUUAAAGAAAAUGGAAUCAUGUAUCCUUUUUUUUUCUAUUGAAUCAAUUUGAUAAUGAAGAUGAACUUUAAAAAAAGAAAGAAAACUUAGAGAAUUGCUGCUCAGUUUAGUGGCUACCCCAAAAAAAUGCCCAAAUUUCAAGCAAAUAAUAAAUAAUAAAAAAAUAUAUAAGGCAUACAAAAUUUAUUGCCAAAUCAACUAAAAAAACAUUAACCACUUAACUAUUGGCUGUAGUUCAUUGAAAAAUAUUUCUGCUAAGUUUACAUUAAAUAUAUUUCUAAUGAUGCUAGAUGCAUUUAUUGAGUAAACAGUGACAAUGCGUUGAUAGAUUGUAAAUUUAAAAAGAAUAAGAAUUUGAUUCUAGUUGUUUAAGUUACAUCACUCUAAGUAAUUUUUCAAACUGUAGUAUUAAGGAAGCAAUUCCCAAAUCUGAUCUUACUGGUCUUGUGGAUUAAAUUUGACAAACUAAAGCUAUUUUUCCCAAAAGUAAAUACACUUUUAAUUAAAUCCCAGAUAAAGUUCAGUCUCAGUGACCCUUUUAGUCCAUCUAUCUGAGAAAGUCUUAAUAAAUGCACUCUCGAUAUUUCAUUAGGACACUUUCUGCAAAUACUUGCCAAUCUCGUAUUACUAUAAGCAUAGAUAUUUACAUAAUUAUGCUAAAUUUUUUUCUCUUUUAUUUUAUUCCCUCAAGGGAGGUUAAAAAAACCAAACAACUGUGCAUGUACAUGUUAAGAAUAUGGUUGACUUCAUAUCAUUUAUCUUAAAUCUGAUUAGCAAGCACAACUUGUGAAAAAAAGGAAGACCAUGCAAAGUCCAUUUUAUUUCAUGCUAUCAAAUUUUAUCCUAUCAUAUGAGCACAUAUCAUUAAAAUGAUAUUGGUAAGUUGAAAAAAAUAAACAACCAAUUUGUCAUUGCAAUAAACUUUUUGUUCUAAUUCCUUAACACUGUAAUUAGAUUACUGGCAGCAAAAGUGUAUUACUUUGGAGUUGGAGGAAGUGUUGAUUCCUUUUUAGAAUACGUGUCAAGUCUAAAUUGUUUCAGUACUGAUGUUGUGCAUUCCAUAGCAGAAGGUAUGCUUGUACAAGAGUAAAUAUGCUAUUUUGUCAUGCAGCUCACCAAGAAUUGCUUAUGAUAAAUAGUUCAAAUUUAUUUUUAUUUUUAGGUCAUGAAAUAAUUUUGGGAGGCCACAUUAUCCCUGUAUGCCUGUGAAGAUUUGUUAAAUAAGUCUUAAAAAAGUUUGUUUGGUUUAUUCAAAGACUCUAUGUCAUUAUAAUCUGAACCUUUUAAAUAUUUUGUACAGACAUUCCUGUUUAUCACACCUAAAUACUUUUUCGUAGGUGUCCCUAGAAAAAUUAUUAUGCUCAGAAGACUACCAAAAUAAAGAACAAAUGAAGGGAGAGACUCAGGAACACUGACAGGACAUGUUGUAAAUGUGAUUGAUUGCAUGCCUAUUGGAAAUAAAAUAUUUCUUAUGAGAGCCAGAUUCAAUUUCUUUUAAUGUAUAACUCACAUUGAAACAGGGUGUAAUUUCCAUGACAUUCAGACAUCUUGUCACAGAAAAGGGAAACACAAAAUAAUAAUGUGUCAAAUAGUCAACACUUUAUUAUCAUUUCUUGUAUUUUUUUGUUGUUUUACUUUCAAAAUACAAAUAACAUUUCUAUAUUACAAUAAUCAAUUUUUCAUUUUACAAUAUGAAAAAAAAAUUGCCUUGAUCACUUACAAGUAUCACAUACACCACCAUUAUCACAAACGUCUUUGAUUUAUUCAGGCAUGUUUGUUGGGGUGGGAUAAACUGUGCUUUGUUGAAAAUUUUUACAUUUGCAUGAUUUUUUUUUGUUUGACUUUAGUAAAUUCUAGAAAAAAGAAAUCUAACUGCAUCAGUAUGUCCUAAUAAUUGUAACAGUUCAUGAGAAAGAAAUUUAUUUUAAUUUAAACAAAAUAUAAAUAAAUAUUAUAGUUUGCAGAAACAUUUUUCAAAUUUGGAAAAAAAAGCAAAAUAAUUCCAAAUUUCAUGAAGCAUUUGUUUUUUCGCAACUCUAGUGAAAAAUAAUUUUUUUAUCACUACACUAAAAUUUACACAAGAUUGUUUUGUUACAUAAUUUCAUCUGAAAUAAUUUCAGAUCAUGAAAAAUGUUAACAUUUUAUAGGAGGAAAAAUCAAAUCAAAAUAACAUCAUUAAUUUAAAUAAAAAUUUAAGAAGGGUGGUUAAUCUUAGAUACUGAAAAAUAUUAAAAAGUAAAUUUAAAAAAAAAAAAAACCUUAACAACCUGUUUUCAACUUGAGAAGUGACAAAAUAAAUUUGACAGCACUCAGUCACAUUAACCUCACCAAAUUCUCUUCAUACACAUUGUGACCAAUAAAACUAGAAGAACAAAACACACAAUAUGUAUAUGGAAGAUAUUAAAAAAUACUGAAACAUGUGAACCCCCUUUUCAAGCUUCCUUGUAAAAACUACUGCUACGUGCAUUUAUUUUCAUCUUAAACAUUGUAUGCUUCAUACAGUGUAUCUCUAAGGGAUAAAACUUAAAUAAUGUGAUGACAGAGAAAAAUCUUUUUAGAGAUAAGAUAAUAAUUUCUUUUGAACUUUUUACAUUUCCCAACCAAUCAAUAAAAUAAUAUUUUACCAUGGUAUGGUUCAAUAAUCAUUCCUAGAACUUGAAACUAAAUUAAGGGGUCCUUGGCAAAUUACAUCACGCU